UCGGUCGGUAGCCAUUCUUUUUUCCUGCAGACUGCAUCAAAUUUUUGUCGGGGUGUAUUUUUUCUCAAUUCCAUCGAUAAUUGUACAUAAAAUAUUGUAAUCCAUUAAGUUGAAAAAGAAAAGACUUUCCUGUAGUGAAUUACUGUUCCAUAAAAUCGGUGCUACAUCCAUUCAUGAUAAAUGCGGUGAGAUUUUAAAUACAUUAAAUUGGACAGAGAAGAAAUUCUCAUUUUACACUUUUUCGUAUCGGGAACAUUUUACGGCUUUUUGGAAAAAGUUUUUUUUUUCUUCUUCUUCGUUGAGUUAAAAAAAAAGAAUCGAGAGAGAUUGAUCGAAUUUACUUUGUAUUUUACACAUAACAUUUUUUGAAGUAAGAAAAAGGAAGAAAAAAAUGAUUUAAAGGUGUUGGUUUUGUACGUAAGUUCAUCAUCGAUGCACUGGUAGUGGUGGUUAGUUGUCAAAAAAAAAAAGAAUUUGUGAAAAGUUUCAGUGAAAAACUCUUUUGAAAGAAAAUUGUUCGGUAAUAAAAACCGUGGAUUGGUGACUCCAUUCAUAACAAAAAGCGAAAUAACUUCUGCUGCCAUCAAGAGUCAACCGUUCAAACAGUUCAACGAGUAAAGUGAGCCGAAAUCAAUCCAACGUUUUCGGUGAAACGGUGGUAACGUUGUGUGACUGGCCCAUUUUUAAUCGAAAUAAAAAGUGAGAAAAACAAGUGAAAUUAACCGUUAAUUUGUGUGCCCUGUUUCAAUUUAUCUUGGAACAAACUCAUUAUCGAAUCGAUAUAAUUCACAACACACACAGAGAACGAAUCUAGAUAUCGAUAAGUGUUUUCUGUGUUUUUUUUUGUUUUUCUAUAAAUUGAUAAGUUUGUGAUAAGAAGAAUUCAAUAGAAUCAAACCCAAGGUAAAUUGAGAGAGAAAGAGAGAAAGUUUCGAAUUAAACCAAGCCACAGGAAAAAAAGUCAAAGUCGAAAAAACAAAAAAAAAUGGCCACAGUGUUAUCAUCAUCGUUGUUGUUGUCGAUGCCAUCAUUAUAGUGCGGUUACAUACUCGAGCCCAAUAUUCCAUAUAAUUCCAUAUUGAUGUGUAUGAAAGUGGCUCAAUCAGUGAAAAAAUCAAUUCAGAAAUUGUGGUAUGCAGCCGUCGAGAGAGGGCAGACAAUCGCGGGAUCGCGACAUGAAUAGACAAACCGGCGGUGCACCGCCGUCUGGAGCAAUGGGUGGAGGUGCAACGGUAGGAACAGCCAAUCGAAGCUCGAGCGGAAUGUAUGCACCGAGACAUUCUGUGGGCUCGUCCGGCGUGCUCAUGGUUGGACCAAAUUUUCGCGUUGGCAAAAAAAUUGGUUGUGGUAAUUUUGGCGAACUACGAUUAGGCAAAAACCUUUACAACAAUGAGCACGUAGCUAUAAAAAUGGAACCAAUGAAGUCAAAGGCUCCGCAACUACAUUUAGAAUAUAGGUUUUACAAAUUAUUAGGAUCGCAUGAGGGAAUUCCUCGAGUUUACCACCUAGGAACGUGUGGCCGACGUUAUAAUGCUAUGGUUUUAGAAUUAUUGGGUGCAUCGCUAGAAGAUCUCUUCAAUUUGUGUGGCCGAAAAUUUUCACUGAAGACUGUUUUGAUGAUUGCAAAGCAACUAUUGCAUCGGAUUGAAUACGUUCAUAGUCGACACUUAAUUUAUAGAGAUGUGAAACCAGAAAAUUUUCUUAUUGGACGGACAUCGACGCGACGGGAAAAAAUUAUCCACAUUAUUGAUUUCGGAUUGGCCAAAGAAUAUAUUGAUUUAGAUACAAAUAAGCAUAUACCAUAUCGGGAACACAAAUCAUUAACGGGAACAGCACGAUAUAUGUCGAUAAAUACACACAUGGGCAGAGAACAGUCGAGGCGAGACGAUUUAGAAGCACUAGGACACAUGUUUAUGUACUUUCUCCGAGGUUCGCUGCCAUGGCAAGGUUUAAAGGCUGAUACGCUUAAGGAAAGAUAUCAAAAAAUUGGUGAUACAAAACGUGCCACACCGAUAGAGGUACUAUGCGAAAACCAUCCUGAGGAAUUUUCAACCUAUUUACGUUACGUUCGUCGAUUAGACUUCUUUGAAACGCCAGACUACGAUUACUUGCGUCGUUUAUUUCAAGAUUUGUUCGAUCGAAAGGGAUACGUGGACGAUGGCGAGUUCGAUUGGACAGGAAAGACUUUGUCUACUCCAGUUGGUUCCAUACAGACAGGACAUGAGGUGGUCGUGUCACCAAACCGUGAUCGUCAUGCUAACGCUAAGGUUGUGAGCUCAACAAACGGCGAAUUGAACGCUGACGAUCCGACCGCUGGCCACUCAAAUACUCCAAUUACUCAGCAACAAGAGGUCGAAUUAGUCGAUGAAACGAAAUGCUGUUGUUUCUUUAAGCGAAAGAAGAAGAAGUCGUCACGACAAAAAUGACUAGAAGCAGUGCAAUGUAGUCCCGAACGUGAAGCAGUCACUUUGCUUCGUGCCACGUCACAUUCGAAUUCCCGGGAUAGUGUUUUAAAUCCAAGCCAGGACUAUAUCCAAGCAUCGUCGCAACACACUUUGCGUUAUCCAUCCGCGUCGUUGCUGACGCCCACACCAACCAAUACACCGACACUUCCUUUGUAAUAAAAUAUUUAGGAUUUUUUUUUGAAAGUUUCAUUUUUAAAUUUAAAUUUUUUUUUCUUAUUUAGAAUUUUAGUUUUUACAGUGGAGAAUGUUUUGAAUGUUAAAGCAAUUUUUCUGUUUAUUUUGCGUUGUGACGAGAAAAUUUUGUUUCGUUUUUCCUUCUGAACCAAGAGCGAUAAAUUAUGAUUUUUUGUGUGUGUGUGACCGUUCGUCCGUUGUUGAACUGUAUUACACUUCCUAGGAAAAUGUUUUCUUCUUUUUUCGUAAUAAUUAUUGUUUUGUUGGACACAUUAAAGAGAAGAAAAGAAAGUGCGGAAAUUUAUGUGCAUAAAAACACCGAUGGUGGAUUUAGGGAUAUUUAUGUUACCGAUACGGGAUUGUUGUAAUUUGUUUCCCGGAUAAAAACGCAAACUUCCAAAAUUUUUCGUUUGUUUUUUUCCAAUGCCAAAUUGAAGAUUUUCGAGUGAAAAUAGCAGAUUACGUCGAAUGUUGCGAAAGUAAUUCAUUACAAGUGACAAUUGGGUUCAAAAGUCGUUCUAUUUCAUCUGUCACAGUGAUGUUUUAAACGUCAAACAUUAAUAAAUAUGCAAAGCCGCCGCCACAAAAUCGCUGAUUUGUCGUUAAUUCUAUUUUACUGAUAGAUUUUAGGAAAAAUAAACGAUCUUGUGACAAAGUCGCAUAUUUUAUUCCAUCUGUCAAAGUGACGUGUUAAACGUCAAACGAAAAAAUUACGAAUUAGUCAUUUUGUUAGUAAUAUAGAAUUAAAGACAAAUCAACGACUUUGCGGCGACGGCUUCGUAUUUUUAUUUAUGUUUGAACUUAAGAACGUCAGGUUGACGGAUGGAAUAGACCCACUUUUGAACCCAACUGUCAUUUGUAAUAAAUCAAUUUCACAUCAUCCAGUCUGGUUAAUUGCCUGUUUCAUGCGAGCAAAAGAUUUGAUUAUCACAGCGGAAUUCACGUAAAAUUAAUCAAUAAUUUUCCUUCAUGUCAUGGAUCACUUUCGCAGAGGACACACUGCUUUGUAAUGGUCAACUUUCGCAUGGAGAUUGCAAUAAAAACUUUUAUUUUUGUUCGUUUCUGUUGCCUAAAUUGAAGACUUUUUCGAUUUAAUUUUUUUGAUUAUAAAUUUUCGUUAAAUUUUCGUUCAGUUUUUUCGGUGUUUUUAACGAAUCGUUAGACUUUAUUAGUUUUGCCAAAUCAUUUUUAUAAGAAUUAUUUUGUUAAUGUUGGCUGCUGGAUAUGAGUCACCAGUGUAUGAGGAAACAACUGUUCCCGAUUUAUUGAUGAGAUUUUCUCUUCGUCCUAAAAUUAGAAAGCAGCCCGGCUCUGCCUAUACAAUCGCCAAACAUGCGAUGGAAUUCAUUGCGUGCGAUGUAUAAUUCUUUGUGGAUUUACUAGCCGGGAAUCUAAAAACCUAAAUUCGAAUUCGAAGCCACCGAGUCGGGAAGAAUAUUUUUGGGUGGCACAUUUAGCGUCUUCAGAAGAUUUCAAAUGUUUACCCGACGGUUGCAAGUCACAUUUAAAUCCAAAAUUCUGUCACCGAAGACAAUCAUUAUAGGUUCACUAUGUCGCGACGAAUGUUAGUCAAAAUUUUCGAUGAUCCUCUUUAUUAGGUUGCGCGGGAGAACCUUGAAGGAAUAUAAAAUUCGUCGAGAUGUUCUUCUGCAGAUUAUUAAAACUUUACAUUACUCGUUUCGAUAAAUGAAUUAUUUCGGCUAAUCCGAACGCACCAUACGGUAAGCGCACCAAUAAUCGGACUAGAAUGAGUCGUCGUACAUCUAUUGUUCGCUCAUUCAUAAGUAUGAUUUUAUUAUUGAAAGAACAAAAGGUGCUUGUGGACUCAUUCUUGUCGGAGGAUUGGUACGCUUACCCUAUACUGUGUUAUGUGAUCCUCGUCUUUGGAUCGAGUUGGAUCUGCUUUUAAGAUAUUCUAUUUAGUGUGAUUGUUGAAAGUUAGAUCGAUCGUUAAAAGACUUCCUAAUCCUACAGCUAUAUAUCCAGCAGUUCAAUUAAUUAACAUCGGGAUGAAUGAACCAAAUCGAUUAAUUUUUUGGAUUUCUUUCCAAAAAUUAUUUAUUUAGUCCUAAGGUCUCCGAGGAAUUUGGGUUCGAAUUUCCCUUAAUAAAAUUGAGUUUUUUUUUUGUUGUUAUCCAAUGAUACAAAGGAUAGAGCGGCACAAGAGGUCUGCUUCAAUCCAAUGACUAAAAUAAUAAAUGUGGCUUGUUGAAUGGUAAAAAAUUCAAUUAAAUUUCAACUGAAGAAAUAAAGUAAAAUUAAGUGAAAAAGAGGAGGAAAAUAGAAGAAAACAAAAGAAAAAUUCAA